AAGAAGAAUCUGGCUGUCCCACGUCAUCACCCCUUGUUGACUCAAUCGGCACGUUUUCUACAGCACGUCGAAUAUCUAUUAUAUGUUUAAUCGUAAUCCGUCCCCAUUCACGGAGUAUAUGAAAAAACAUGUUCAAAUAGUGUUUUCUAUUGACAAUCAAGAACUUCAAAGUCACAGGAGGGGCAAGAAGUGAUACUGGGAACGUAUACUCUACCAGGAUCAUUCAGGAUUUUGACGGAUAUCGAUCGAGAAAAAAAAACGAAUUCAUUUACGGAUUGUGAGCGUGGGUGUAACUGACUCAGUGGAUCGCGUUGGACAGAACUAAACGCGUCGCAGAAGAGUAAGAAAGUACAAUUUUACACUUUGAAUAUUUAUGCCUACUCGGUAUGCGUGAUGCGGCGGUUUGAUUGCCCGGUCACCGGCAAUUAAGUGUUGAAGCCAUCUGUGAGGCGCUUGAUGCGCAGGUUGAAACUCGAAGGGAAAUCUUUUGGACGGAGGCGUAGCUUCGUUUAACAAGACUCCCGGUAUAAAAGCUGGAUGUGGGCAUUCAACAACCGAGUCGCUGGCCGGAGCAACCAUACAACAGACCUCUAGAACAUAACGCGUGACAAGUUAAAGAAUUCGGCAUCAUCCGUCAUCCGCUAAAAAGUGAUUCGAAUCUCCUGUCUGGUCGUGUCAUCAAGUUUCUCGAUUCCAUUGAAUGCGACCAAAAUACGAAAUGUUACUCCUUAUCAACCGCCCUGUUUCUGCUACUGGCAUUCUUUCAGUCGUCACAAUGCACGGACAUUAAUAACGAUUCUACAGUAAUGGAAACGGUAGGCGAUGACUCACUGGAUAAAGCUGCCACUAUCGUCGCUGAAAGUAUGGUCAGCACCGAGGACGGACAAGGCAAGCCAUCGGCUUUGUCACUUGAUGGAAAGGCAACACGUUCCCGCUAUUUCAAAUCCUUCGGUGGCGCAGGAGAUCCCAAUCUGAGCAUCUAUUCUUUCGGUUUGGGUAAACGAACAAGCAGGAGCAACUCGAUCAAUCCAUAUUCGUUUGGACUUGGUAAACGAGAAGGCGGUAACGUCAAGAAUUAUCCCCAGAAUCCGUAUUCAUUCGGACUGGGCAAACGUAAUCCCAUGUACAAUUUCGGAUUGGGAAAACGUGCCGACCGGGACAACGAUGCCUGGAAAAGGAAUGCUAAUCGAUUCGGCUUUGGUUUGGGCAAACGAAACCUGAAAGAUGAAGAUCUGAGCCAGUGGUUGAACGAUGAAGGAUAUUCGCAAUUCGACGAUACUGAAGAAGAUGUUGAAGUUGAAGAAAAAGAAGAUGAUUCUCACGAGUAUAUGGAGGCCAAUAAACGAUCCUCUGGAAUAACAAAUGGACAGGCUUUUUUCCCAAGUCAUUUGCAAACGGCUUUCUAUGGUGGGCCUUUAUUGCCAACUUUGGUGAGGAGCAACCAAAUGGCAACUUCAGGACUUGGCAAGUCACGCACUUUUAAUCAACAAGCAGCUAACGAGAUCCCUAACCUCGGUAAACGACUCCCGGUUUACAAUUUUGGGCUGGGCAAGUAACGACGCAGCGCGAAAGGCCGCUCCAAAAAAAGGAAUAACGAAAAAAAAAAAAAAAAAGGGAAUGUUGGCCGUAUCCUAAAUUAUUAUGCAUUUUCUCUUUACCUGUAAACUGAUUUCAACAAAUUUUUACAUAUUGAAAAACUUGCUCCUAAAUAUUCCUUGAAUUGCUUAAUAUCUGCCGACUUUCAACAUACGAAUAUAUUGAAAUCAUUCAAUGCGAGAGCGAGUCUUACUUAAUACAUAUCCGACGUCAAUGUUGAAACCA